AUGUACCCUGCUAACGUACAGAAGGAUGACAUGUACCCUGCUAACGUACAGAAGGAUGACACGUACCCUGCUAACGUACAGAAGGAUGACAUGUACCCUGCUAACGUACAGAAGGAUGACACGUACCCUGCUAACGUACAGAAGGAUGACACGUACCCUGCUAACGUACAGAAGGAUGACACGUAUCCUGCUAACGUACAGAAGGAUGACACUUAUCCUGCUAACAUACAGAAGGAUGACACGUAUCCUGCUAACGUACAGAAGGAUGACACGUAUCCUGCUAACGUACAGAAGGAUGACACUUAUCCUGCUAACAUACAGAAGGAUGACACGUAUCCUGCUAACGUACAGAAGGAUGACACGUAUCCUGCUAACGUACAGAAGGAUGACACGUACCCUGCUAACGUACAGAAGGAUGACACUUACCCUGCUAACGAACGAACGUAUUGCCCGUGUCGUGUGAAUGGUUGA